AUGCGUGGACUGGAGAGAAACCCGGACAAAUCCAAGACCGAGGAGUUGGCUGGUGCUAUUUGCUGUAUGGGUCCUGAGGAUAAAUUGUUUUCUCUAUUACUAGCUCAUGAGUACACGGAGAAGAGCAUCACUGGCUUGGGCUCUGGAGCGCUCAAAGGCAUCGAUCGAGCUCGUGUCGAAGCGCUCAUUGAAGCGAAUCAACUGGCUGACGCAGACAAGAAGCUGCAGCUGUUCUUUGCGGACUUGAAGCAUCACGCCAGCUUCUAUGAUGCUGGCGGCGACUGGGAAGAAGACGCGCAUAAGGAGGCGAUCACGUGGUUCUCUCUGAGUGGCGAGAAGCUUGCCACUGCGUCGAGUGGCGCCUUUGAACUCAACUUCCUGAACCCAGACCAAGACACGUUGGAACAAAUCUGGGAAGAACGUGGAGAGAGCACGUUUGAAGGGUAUUUGGGUAAUGAAGGAGCCACGAGGAACACGACGUACUCACGGUACGCGCUCGUUGCCUGGCCUGUGGCGAAUGGAGUAGAGAACUCGUUAAAGUUGAUUAGUUCGACUGCUGCGAUUGAGGCGCUACAGACGCAGAGGCCGGUUGCACCUGAAACACUCCGUAAAUUUAUGAGUGCUGCCGGUGACAAGAUGGCAAAGACUCAGGCCGAAUUCACUCGCUCGCAAGCUUACUCUUACGGGGAGCGUAAGAAGAAAGCUGGUGUGUCGGUGGAGUUCUCGCAAACUUUACGUGAUCUGCUACUUGAGGCAGACGACUCGAGUCUGGUGAACGAGUUCUUCACCAAGGUGUGCAGCAACGUGGGGAUGAAGGACAACCUGGCUCCGACUAUUAUUGCGUUGGUGCGCAAGUAUCAAUGGAGCGAUAUUAGCCAAGCAAUGUUGAGCUCAUUGGAGGAGACUGAGGACACUAGUUACCGUUAUGGUCGUGUGGUGGAAGUUGGGGACUCGAGUUUGGUGUUUAAACUUCAGAUCCUCGAAGGUCUGGAGGAUGGACCUGCGCAGCAGGCGCUGAUGCAGGCAGCUGUGAAGGACGCCGUGAAUCUCCGCACUGAGCGCUUGUGCGCUUGCAAGGCGCUCGCAUCGCUCUGGAAAUGGGUCAUCCGCGCCGCUGACAAAAGCUCGUUCGACUCUGCGGUGGACAAGUUUAAACAAGUGGAACCUUCUCAACUGCGUCCGGUACUGGAAGCGCUUUCGGAACAUGUAGGGGAUAUCAAUGUAUCGGACGAGAAGCUCACAGCGCUGGCAUCAAUCGCUGCUAUCCGGAUCAAGUGGCUCAAGAGUCAAGUGCAAGGACGCACAGAGAAGCCUUUCACGUGGGAGAUGGCGAACGCUAUAUACCCCGACAAUGCGCGGAUUCAAGCGUUCCUUCGAGGUCCUGACAAGUCCAUGACUACCACUGGGGUGCGUGUUUUCAGCGGUCUUCCUGCAGCUCGCAAGUACGUCAACAACGCCACACAAACCAAUUGCUCGUUCAAGAUGGAGCCUGGAGGCAGAGGGAAGGAUGCGUUCGUGACGAUCACCAAGACACGCACGUGGUCCAACAAGCAACACGGCGAUACUGGACUGUACAAUGCUGAGUUGAAGCUGCUGAACGAGCGCUUUGGAGACGUCACGACUGACGAUGGCCCUGCCACGAAACGUGCUCGCACGGGGCCAUGAGAUUGAAGACGAGGAAGAAAGUUUCACUGACCUACCUAAUGAAAUCUGUCGCGCCGGGUGCAACGAGAUAAAA